UGUUUGGAGCAGAGGGUUGGUCCGUUCGUAUAAAUGAGUCCCUAAGCUCGUCAUGUCGUCCAAUCUUUCCCAUUAUCUCUCUGAAAUCCACACAAAACAGAGAGCCAGAAAAGAUGAGUCCUUCAACAAUAAUAGCCAUCCUCCUGGUUCUCCUCACAUGCCUUUGGUCACUCAUCUCUGCUUCCUCCAAAUCAAAACACAAAAAACUACCACCCGGCCCUCGGUCACUGCCAAUAAUCGGAAAUCUCCACAUGCUAGGCAACCUCCCCCAUCGAAGCCUCCAAGGCCUGGCAAAAAAAUAUGGACACAUCAUGUCCAUCCGUCUAGGCAGUGUUCUGACCAUAGUAGUCUCCUCCCCCAAAGCCGCAGAGCUAUUCCUCAAAACUCAUGACACUAAUUUCGCCAGCCGGCCCAAAAUCCAAGCCUCAGAGUACAUAUCCUACGGCACAAAGGGCAUGGCCUUUUCCGAAUAUGGUCCCUAUUGGCGCCAUGUAAGGAAGCUCUGUACGCUUCAGCUUUUCUGUCCGGCAAAAAUAGAGGUUUUCGCGCCGCUGAGAAAGGAUGAGCUGGGAGUGCUGCUGAGAAAACUCAAGAAAGCUGCAGAGGAAGGUGGAGUUGUGGAUGUUAGUGGGCAUAUUGGUGUGAUGAAUGAGGACAUUACGUACAGGAUGGUGUUGGGUUGUAAGAGGGAUGAUAGGUUUGAUUUGAAAGCCAUUGUUGAGGAAACGUUUUUCUUGGCCGGGGCUUUCAAUAUAUCUGAUUUUGUUCCUUCCCUUACUGCACUUGAUAUUCAGGGGUUAACUAAGCGAAUGAAGAAAGUUAGCAAGACGAUCGAUCAGCUCUUGGAGAAGAUAAUUGACGACCAUGAACAAGUUGCUAAAACUACGAGUGGGAAACAAGGCAAGCAUGAGGACUUUGUAGACGUCUUGCUUUCAUUAAUGAACCAACCGUUGAACCCGAAUGAUGAGCAAGUUCAUUUUCUUGAUCGAACAAAUGUGAAAGCCAUCUUACUAGACAUGCUUACGGCGGCUUCUGAUACUUCGGCCUCAUCGAUUGUUUGGAGCCUUUCCGAGCUCUUAAGGCAUCCAAGGGUCAUGAAGAAGCUCCAAAAAGAGCUCCAAACUGUGGUUGGCAUGGACCGAAUGGUGGAAGAGACUGAUUUGCCAAAGCUAGAUUACUUGAGUAUGGUGGUCAAGGAGAGCUUCAGACUACACCCAGUUGGACCAUUACUAAUCCCACAUGAAUCUAUCGAGGACAUUGCAAUAGAUGGAUACGACAUACCUAAGAAGUCGCGGAUCAUUGUAAACAUCUGGAGCAUUGGAAGAGAUCCUAGUGUAUGGUCAGAAAAUGUUGAGGAAUUUUAUCCUGAAAGGUUCAUGAACAACAAUAUAGACCUCCGGGGACAUGACUUUCAGCUCAUCCCAUUUGGGUCUGGCCGAAGAGGUUGUCCAGGUCUGCAAUUAGGGCUAACCACAGUUCGGAUAGUUUUGGCACAGCUGGUGCACUGCUUUAACUGGGAGCUCCCAACUGGCAUGCUACCUCAAGACUUGGACAUGUCUGAGAAAUUCGGUUUAUCAAUGUCGAAGGCCAAACACUUGCUUGCCAAGCCGACCUACCGUCUUCUGUAGCUUGUUCAUUCGUCCACUAUUUCGUAGCAUAAAGAAAUGUGUGCAAUGCAAGCAUGAGUGAAAAUUAAUAAAAUGGUUUCAUUAGUACUA